AUGACAGGAGAAGGGUCAACGAAGAUAGCACCAAUAAACAAGAAACCAGAUGUUGAUAGGUUAUUCCGUACACGGCAUAUGCCACCUGGGGCUCUAGCUGUAAACACAUCUCGCUUGAAGCAUGAUAAAAGGAACAAAAGCACCACUUAUAGCAUGCGUCAAAGAACACAAGCUCCUCCACCGCCUCAUACCAGCGCAACACCACCACCGCAGCACCACCACCGCCUCAUACCACCGCAUCACCACCACCGCCUCAUACAACUGCAACAACUUCCCAGCCUCUUACAGCCCCAACACCUCAAUUGCCUCAGACAAUCGAAGCAGCCUCAAAACCUUAGACAACCGACACAUCACCGACAUUUGAGGAAUCCACAUUUGUUCCUACCCUUGGAGUGA